UCAAACAUUGUGCAAAAACAUCCUUUUUCUUAAUCUGUGCAGCAUAAAGUAAAAAAAAUGUCUUCUUGAGUAUUAUGGUAACAGGUGUGAUGGAAGUUUAACACACGGAUAUUCCCGAUUCCGCUUGUACAAUUCGCUCUCUAUGUGAGUUGUACCGCAAUGCCAAAGCUGUAUUUGACUUAGUAAUUCUCCAAAACGAACAAUAAUAACGGUGGACUAGAAGCAGAAAGACAAUAAUGCACCAGUUCAAUAAACAUCUGGCAAAUGCACGUUUCGUCGAGAUUGUUUGCGAGCGAUAACGCUUAUCAAGCGCCACUCUUCGCCAUCUCAUCUCCGAGCGAUUGUGAAUCAGGAAAGUGUAAUCUAUUGCGACAAAUACAUUGUCCAACUUGCAACUGUCGCUGCAGCAUCAUUUGAUAGAGAUUCAUUUCCCAGACAGGGAGGGAAGACAAGUGAAGGUCGUUUGGUUGAAGGCAGCAGCGUAGAAGAUAUAAAAAAAUUGGGUUAACGAAAACAGCUGCUGAAGAAGUGAUUGCGUUUGUAGAAGAAACCCCUCAUGUCGUCGGAGAGAUGGAGAAGCAAACCGUAGAAAUGCUGCUGCUGGCCAUCGGCGACUAGUAUCGUUUUAGUUAUCCAAAUUUGGUGUUCCUUUAUCUUGUUAAAUCUUUGAUUGUCGAUUAUAGUUGUUAGCUUUUGCUUUGAUUUAUUUGUUAAGUAUAAGAGAGGAAGUGUCACACCGACUGUAGAACAUAGGUAAAGCCGAAAAUGCGGGUCGUGGCGUUAGUAAGCGGUGGCAAGGACAGCACCUAUAACAUGAUGCAGGUUACUGCGGAAGGCCAUCAGGUGAUUGCCCUGGCGAAUCUUCACCCCCAGGAUAAAGACGAGCUGGAUAGCUAUAUGUAUCAAACGGUGGGUCAUCAAGGGAUCGAGAAGUUGGCCCAAGCGAUGGAGCUUCCACUGUACCGCAAAAUAACGAUAGGAAACUCAAUCAACAAGAAGAAAAACUACGAACCCACCGAAGACGAUGAAGUGGAGGAUUUGUACGAGCUCCUUCAUCAAAUUAAGGAGGAACAGAACGUGGAAGCCGUGGCGGUGGGAGCAAUUCUCUCCGACUAUCAGCGAGUACGAGUGGAAAAUGUCUGCCACCGGUUGAAUCUCAUCUCGCUAGCUUACUUGUGGCAGCGGGACCAAACCGAGCUACUGCAGGAGAUGAUUGACUGCCAGGUCCACGCAAUCAUUAUCAAGGUCGCUGCGCUGGGUCUGAUUCCUGAUCGGCACCUGGGGAAAUCACUCAAGGAAAUGCAACCACAUCUGCUCAAUAUGAAGGAAAAGUAUGGGCUGAACGUUUGCGGCGAGGGAGGAGAGUACGAAACGUUCACGCUGGAUUGUCCCCUAUUCAAGAGGCGUAUUGUGGUGGAGGAUGUGCAGACGGUAAUAAGUUCCGCCGAUCCGGUGUGUCCCGUGGGGUAUCUCAAUUUGACCAAACUCCGUCUGGUGCCCAAGGAACGAGUUGAGGCUGUAGUGAUCAAAAAUUCGCUCGAUUUCAUCUCGGACCUGAACGAGAGCAGUUACAGUGAUUUAAGUGAUCCGGACCUGAGCGAAACGGAGCUGGAAAUAAUUGAAAAAGAGAACCACGCUAGGUCUGUAGUCAUGCGAAACUCCUUCAGCAAGGACGAUCUCAGUGGAAUGGAAGGAGGAGUGUCCCGCAGCAACAGUAUUUCCAAAGACUUCACCAUGGAAAUAGUGUUACCAAAGUCACCGGUAAAAAUACUCACGAAGCGACUUAGCAUCGACGGAAGUGGUGGAAAAAGUGGGAAUAGUAAUAAUUCGCUUACAACAAAUCUAGUUUUUGAGCGUGAGCAACAACCACUUACCAAUCAUCCGAGAGCAAUAGUCAACUCAAAGGGAUGGAUGUGGGUGGCCGGUGUUCAAGGCGUUGCCGAAUCGUCUAGUCAAGCGAUGGAAAUCGCACUUCAAACUUUAGAAGAACUGAUAACCUCAAACUCGUUUACGCUUCAACAAAUAUGCUAUAUGACAUUGUACGUUCGUGAUAUGGCCGAAUACUCCUACUUAAACGAGAUCUACUCGAAGAAGUUUAAUUUUACCAAUCCACCGACAAGGGUUUGUGUAGAAUGUCCCCUUCCAGACAAUUGCCAGGUCGUGCUCGAGGCGGUGGCGUUCAAUUCGGAGAAAUCAAGUAGGUCACCUUGUAGGCGAAUUCGAUUGAUGAAGCAACGUGUAACGAGCUCUCUUUCUCACAUAUCCACAGUUUCCGAACUAGAACACAAAAGACACACCAUGCACGUACAAGGUAUUUCCCAUUGGGCUCCCGCAAACAUUGGAACAUACAGUCAAUCGACUAAAGUCGGCCAUAUAACCUACAUAUCGGGUCAGAUUGCGUUGGUUCCGGGUAGCAUGACUAUCAUCGAAGGCGGCAUCAAACAGCAGUGCAAACUUACAUUGCGCCAUCUGAGCCGAAUAGCUAAAGCAAUGCACGCCCACGGUUUAUUGCGUGAUGUUGUUCAGGGAAUUUGUUUCGUAACCCAUCCCAACUAUAUCAGCGAAGCCCGUCGUCAAUGGGAGCGUCGAUCGGCGAAUGCAAUCAUUGACUAUAUUGUGGUACCGGCCUUACCCCGAGGAGCUCUUGUGGAGUGGCAAGUUUGGGCACACACGCACAACGACAAGUUUGACUAUGAAGAGACGGGUUGCUCGAUAGGUGACUACACGAUUUCCAUUCGCCGGAGAUGGAACUAUGAGAACAAUUGUGCGUCUGUUGUUUGUUACGUUUCUACCGGCCUAGCCACGUCAACGACAAAGCUGACUGAACUCAGCGAGGACAUAAUGCAACACCACAACGAACAAGCCCAGGCAAUUAGUCGCGACCAGGUACAUGACACAAUCGCGUACGUGUUGCGCAAGUUACUUCAAGAUUAUCCACUGGGGAACAGCCCCUCUAACGAGUCCUGCACGUCAUCGUCGGCAGAUCAAACAAAUUGUGAAAAUCAGCCUAAAGUCGAGAACCCCAAACCAACCGUACAUCUGCGCUUCUUCUAUCAGGUUUCGACAAUUGGCUCCGUUCAGUCGCUUGUGGAAGCGAUCGAAAGCUUCCUCCGCUCACCGUCCAACGUGGCUCGAAUCGCCUAUACGGUCGUACCGGCCUGUCAUCUACAGAACUUUAGCACAUUCAUCUCUAUAUGCGGUCUGCGGCAUCACGAAUAAAACUAUUGCACUUUUUACAUGCUAUCGAAGGAUCUUGCUUGAAAGCUUAAGAUAAAACCGAGGAAACAAACUUUGAAAGAAGGAGGCUUAUCUACUGCUGCUGCUAUCCUCCAAGGAGAGUUUGCAGCUAUUUUUGACUACUCGACUUAUUUACUAUCUAAGCGGGCGCAGAAUGUUAAAAUUGCUACUCUUGAUGAACUCGGUUAAAUUAUAAUAUAUUGAAUGUUGACAAAUGAAAUCGAACGCCACAAAGACAGGAUGAA